CGCGGUCCAUCCAGGAGGAUCGCUUACAUAAAUCGGUCCAUCUUUCCAUUCAGGAAAAGUUUCAUUUUGUCAUUAUGGGCAAGAUUCGGUCCAAGAAGAACAGGAUCGCUGCUAAGGCGCGAGCCAGCUUGGAAGGGAAGGGGGAACUUUCGCCGCAAGAUCUCAGGCACCAGAUAACCCUGUCCCAAUUCAUGCAUGAGACGCCAGAAAAGUCUUGUGAACAAAGUUUAUACUCUAAGGCAUCAAAGAGCUCCCAUCCGGUCCCAAAAGGUUCCCAGAGUGAGGAGUUUGGGGAAAGCUCCGGGUGCCCCAGCGAAGAUGCAAGAAAUAUCCUCAAGCUGAGGAAGGAUAUGGAGGAGCUAAAGAAACAAGUAGACAAAGAUGGGUCAUUUGGGCCCACUGUGGAGGUAAUUUCUCCAUUUACUGCUAGAGUGAUGAAAGCUAAGCUGCCUAGGGGCGUGAAGGCUCCCAAGAUCCAUUACACAGGAAUUACGGAUCCAAAUGAUCAUUUGGCUGCAUACCAAACACAUAUGUUAAUGCACUCCAUGAAGGAUGAGAUCCAAUGUCGUCUCUUUGUGGGGACUUUGGAAGGACCAACAAUAAAGUGGUUUCUUACCCUUCCAAAUGGCACCAUCGAUUGCUUCAAAGACUUAGCUCAGUUCUUCCUCAAUGCGUAUGGAGGAAGAGAUGGAACGAAAGGCUCGGAAAAAAAGAAUGAGAAGGCAGAAGCAUCCACCAUCUCCAUCCCUAUGCUUAAGCCAUUGGUCCCAGGAGAGGCCGCCCAAGUGGCAGAGAUUAAGGAGUGUAGCGUCAAUGUGCUAUAUUGGGAAGCGGCCCAGCACCUGGGAGUUAAGAAGGAGGACCUUACCAAACUUAAUAUGCCCCUGUCUCGCUUCACUAGAGACAUUAUUGAGCCAGAAGGGUCCAUUAAGUUGGACGUGAUAAUAGGAGCAGUGCUGAGGGAUCCGUCCUCUUCUGGAAGAGUCAUCAAGUGGGCCAUGGUCCUCUCUCAAUAUGACAUUUUGUAUCAACCACGAUCGAGCAAGAAGGGCCAAGUGAUUGCUGAUUUUAUGGUAGAAUGCACCGCUAGAGGAAAGCUAGAGGGAAAAGAAGCGAGCAAGGAAAAAGAAAUUUGGGAAAUGCAUUCGGACGGAUCCUGCACUAAGGAUGGAUCGAGAGGAGGAACGGUCCUCACCUCACCAGAUGGAUUCAAGGCAUAUCAUGCAUUCAUGUUCAUGUUCCGGGCCACUAACAAUGAGGUGGAGUAUGAAGCACUCAUUGGAGGAAUCAAGGUGGCUCUAUUCAUGAAAAUUAAGAACAUUCACAUCAAGUCAGAUUCCAAGAUGGUCAUUGGACAACUAAAUGGAGAGAUGGAAGCAAAAGAAGGAAGGUUGAAGAAAUACAAGGACUGUGCAAGGACUUUCCUUGACAAAUUUGAAUAUUAUGAGCUGAUCUAUGUCCCUGGAGAGGAGAAUACGGAAGCUGAUAUGCUUGCAAAGUUGUGUAGAACCAUUCCUGUCCAUAUGGAAAGCAUGGUGAGGCAACAUGAAAAAAUGUAUCCAGUUUGGGAGGAGGCGGUCCAUGUCCUUGAGAUAUCGGAUCCUGGUACAACAUGGAUGAGCCCCCUGUUCAUAUAUCUUGAGAAGGGAGAGCUCCCUGUUGAUCCCUAGGAAGCCCGUAGGGUCCAAUUGAUGGCCCCAAAAUAUCAAUUGGAUGGAGGAAGAUUAUACAAAAGAACCCUGGGUGGACCGAUGCUCAAGUGGCUAAAGGAGAGAGAAGCAGCAAGGAUACUGGAAGAAGUGCAUCAGGGGGUCUGUUUUGCCCAUCAAGGUGCCCUCACUUUGGCAAGAAAAGUAAUACUCCAAGGGUUUUAUUAGCCCACUUUGAAGAAAGAUGCACUGGAAUU